AUGUCAGUCGCUGAAGAAGAGAUGCCGCCUUUUGUUGAAUCUGUUGCAGAAGCUGUUACUCCUUUGGAAGUCACGACUGAUGAAUCUCCACAAUUGACAAGGAGAAAAGUCGUGGAAGCGCUGAAACUUGAUUUGGAUGAAUUGAGAGAAGCUCAACCGGAAGUUCACGUACCGAUUCCAAAUGGGAUUCCACCAUCGGAGCCUGGGACGACUCCAUAUGGAACACUGAGCAGAAGUCAGAGUAGAAGGGGAUCUUAUUUAUUUGCUCUUGGCAUGACAGCCGGAGACGAUAUUGCAGCUACUUUCACAGAGGAACCAUUUCGACACAAUGCGCAGAAAUAUCAAUGUUGUUUUCAUCAGAUUCAUUGCAAGCAAGGAGCUCGCUACAUUCUCUUGAUCGGAAUCAUUGCCAUUAUUGUCAAUAUUUUCUCGAUGAUUUUCGUUCAUCCAUCUUUUGAAUUACUAGGAUUUCAAGGGAUUCUUUUUAUUUUUGCUGUGAUCGCGUACGUGUUUCUAUUUUUGGCGAUGAAGAAAGAGAAUGAGAUCUUCUUGUGGCCAAUUAUCAUUUUCUUGGUGUUUGAUUUUUUGAUCUUCAUCGCUAUUUUGGUCAUCGCAAUCUGGACUUUAAUUGAUCCCAAAGCAAUGUUAGCUGAAGAGAUGAAUCAUUUGGCUUUCAUGCGAGGGAAUCAAACAGAUUUAGCUGAUCACGGAUUAGAGGAGAACAAACAAGAGAUCGAGAUCGCCUCGUCAGCUUUGGUGGCCGUGUCAGCUUUGGGAAUCGCAAUUUGUCUAUGGUUCCUAUUCACGAUUGUCAAAUAUUACCUCUACUUGAGAGAUAUGAAAAGAGCACGUCAUCCACAAACAAUUGUCUAUCAUGGAGAUUUCAAGAAUGUAAAAGUGACUGAAUUGACUCAA